AUUAAAAGUUAUAAUACAUAUAAUAAAGGCUUUCCAGGCAUUUAUAUAUAAAAUACUAUGAGUAGAGGGCAGUUAAAUCUGUUGCUCAGAGUUUGUGGAAGGAAUGAAGCAAGGGAAGCAAGGAAGGAAGGAAGGAAGGAAGGAAGGAAGGAAGGAAGGAAGGAAGGAAGGAAGGAAGGAAGGAAGGAUUGGUAGACGGGGAAGCAGGCUGGCUGGUGACAGGGGUCCCACAAAAGUAAGAAAAGGAGGCACCACAGAUAGCUAACCACUGCCUAGCUUGCAGUUUUUCCUGUUGCUUUCCUUAUUUAGAGCUGUCGUGUCACUCCACAUAACUGGCAGGCUUUUCUCCUUUAGAUCUAUUCUAAGACACUAAAUGAGACUCUUCACACUUCAUUUCUCUUCCGUCAGAGGAGAGGCUGAUGUGACGUGCAGAUGCACGUCACCUCUGCCCAGUGACAAACACCAGCGGCUCUGGCCCGGCUGUACUUUUCCCCUUGAUGCAGGCAGUGAGGAUUAUUAAAUGGCAUUUCAUUAUGAUCGCCGGCUCGAUGUUAGUCAUGGCAUAAUUUAGAGGCAGCCUGAAGGGAGUUGAGAUAACAAUGUCACUCCAAAGUCAGGAAGCCAUUGCACAAACAGCAACCCCAAGCUUUGCAGCUAGUGCUGCGUCCUGCUUUGGACAGCGUCACCUCGUUUUUUGCUCCUAGUUUGGUAAUUUUUUAAAACCUAAAAUAUAAUUUUUUUGAAUUAAUUUCCAAGGCUGUUGUCUUUGAAGGAUUGAUUACUUGGCUGAAUAUAGAGGGAUCUUUUUAGUCUAGACUUUGUUUCUGACUCACUGUGAUAACCUGGGCAGAUCUUUUAAUCUCUUGUCUUUCCUCCCAUCACCACUGUUUGUUUGGAAACCUUGUCAAAUCAUUGCUUUCUUAUUCUCAGUGUCCCCACACCUUAACAGAUGAUAUUAUUCAACAGUCCUUGAUAUAGAAUCAAAAUGCUAUUCUCCAAGCAGUUCCUAAUUAUCUCCUGUUUCUGCUUUAUAACUUCAACUUUCCCCCCUUUCCUUAAUCUUCUCAAUUCUACUGCUCUCUACAUUCAGCUUUUCUCUCUGAUGCAGCUAAGCCACUGCCCAUUAAGGGACAUAAUCUUUAAUGGGAUCCAUUUCUAGCUAGCCUUUUGAAAUGCAGUUCUGUAAUUAUACUUUAACUUAGUUCUCUCUUUUUCUAACUAUGGCUUUUAAAGUCUGUUAAUGUUCUAAUUGGAAGCCAUUCAUUAUAUUUUAAUAAUAAUAUGAAAACAUAUGCUUUGCAUGCACUCUUAUAAAAUCAUCAUUAGAAGGAAAACCCUAGUGAUGAAGACAUAAUAUGAUUGGCAUAAUUUAAUAAUAGCUACCAUUUAAGGCUAUUCUCUAUGUAGGAGAUAUAUAAUAUUUAAUUCGUGCAAUAAAUUCCCAGUGAGAAAAAUAAUUUUACAGGUGAGAAAACUUAUGAUCAAAGAGGUCACUAAGCCAGGGCUUUUGAUUUUGAUUUUUUUUUUUUUUUACUCUGUUGAAGAUACCCAUUAUUUUGUGAAUCCAGGAUCCCUUUUUCUGGAAAUUGCUUCUCUUUUUUCCAUCCAUAUGGCUGUCAGGGGAACAGUCAUGUUGUGACAGGGUCCUAUCCCCUGGCUUUGAAGCCUUUCCCACAAAGUUUUGUGGACUGGGGAUUAAGGGAAUAUUGGUUCAGGGUAUUUUUAUUUGUCAAGUUGUAACAUGUGAAGCUUAGGAAUCUGUUGGUGGCUUAUUUACAGGCAUAUAGACUGAGAUGUGGGGUGAAGGCAGCCUGGAAUAGAGACAGGGAGGCAGGAUUUUAGCCCCUGCUUCCUGAUUUCUGUCUAUGUAUUGGUGAAGGUAUCCCUGUGUCCUGAUAAUAUUUCCCCUUUUUGCUUAACUUCUGAUUUGCUGUCAGUCACUUGCUACCCUCAAAGUCCUAAUGUUUAGUACUGCUGGUCGUCUUAACCAUAGCAAAAGAAGAUAAUGGAUUUGGGUUGAAAAUCACUGACAUUUGAGGGUUUAAUUCAAAGGCUAAUGGUUCCCCAAGUGUAUUGGUUUAGGUUCUUCCUUCUUGAUCCCAAACUCAUCUGAAAAAGAAAUUAAACCUAUUAAAAAGGGUUGCAUUAAAAAAUAGCCAAAUUCAUUCAAAGAGCAAGUCAUUUUGAAAACCAUUGAAAGUUAGUUGUUGUUGCUGUUGGCUAAAUGAGUUUUAUUCAAUCAUCUUCAUUUAUUUCUUAAAGAACUCAAUCAGAUGUCCCAUUUCCCAACACCUCAACAUAUCAGGCAGCAAAGGGAAAAGGAAAAUUUCCUAAAGCAUGGAUUGUGGUAUUCUCUGUUGAAGUGAUUAAUGAAAGAAUAAGUUCACUAUUACAGAUAAGGAAUUCUUUGAGAAGGUCUUUGCAGCAACUCUAAAAUAGAAAGAGAUUUGGGAUUGUGUAGUUUUUGCUGCUUCUGACACCUUGGUCCAUAAGCUUACACUUGGCUGUCACAAUGACAUCAUAGGUCACGUGGGUGACUAUAGAGUACCCUAGUGUUCUACUUAGUAGUUCUCUGCCUGUGCCUCUUCAGGCUCAGCAGUUUAAAACUUGCCCCACUCCCAUGUUCAUGGAUUAUAUAUGGAUCUAGAUUGUGUGGCCACCUCCACCUUCAGGUUUAACACAGGUGACAAUUUGCACUGGGGCUUUACAAAAGAAAAAAUGUCUUCAUCUUAGGUAACAAAAAGAAGGUCUUAACCCUGCCUGACAAUAGUUUAAGACCUAAAAAAAACAAUGAUCAGGGACUGCAUUAAAUCAGCAUUGGAGAGGUUGUCUUCGAAAAUACAGAGAAAAACUAAAAUGCGUGCAGAGAAUGGAGGUGAAUAUACAGGUCAUUCCAACAGCAGACUGGGGACUCUGAGUUUACUAAGAAUAUAUUUCAAAAUAACCAGUCAAUUUGAUUGAACAAAUAGCUUUCAAAUAUUAAGCUAGUUGUUUGAAUGACCAAAUCAGUGGAUGAAAAUAAUUUAUAUUCAGUUCUCAGACAUAGACCUACUUAUUAUCCAGAAACGUUUUCUUUCUGUCUAAUCUAAAUUACUCUUCCAUUGUUGUCACCCAUUUUUAAAGCCUUUGCUAAUAGAGAAUGGCUAUCUGGCUUGUUUUUGUCUUCCAAUUCUAUCUUCUUAGUUUCCCUUGUAGAGUCUAGUUUUCAUCCUUCAGUUACUCUUAAAAGCCAAGCCAAACCAAACCAAACAAACCAACAAAAACCAGAUAAAAGUCACAAUGCAGUUCUCAUUGGCUUAGUAGAUUUUUGCCAGGCUAGUGAAAAUUACACAUUAAUUUCCCCACAUAGGAUUUGGUGGGAAUAAAGUACAUCCCUUUGCUAUACUUGUGGCUUAUUAGGUAAAAUAGGAUGUUGCCCAUUUGUGGUUAUGUUUGUCCUGCUUCAUCCCAGCUCUUCCUGUGUGUGGUUCCUGCGGGGGGAGCAUCAUGAAUGCACAUUAGGAACAUUAUUAUUGUCCAUGAGUGUGUGUGUGUGUGUAGGGGCAGGUUGGAGAAGAAUGUCUCAGUGGUGAUGUAGCAAAGCCAGACCCCCCAAAGUGGGAUAAAUGGGGUUCUCCAAGCUGAGUAUUCUGGGAGCUGGCCAAGGCCAUCACUAGGUUGGAAGGAGACUGGGCUAGGGCUUACAGAAUGAGUGUGCCUGAGCCUCCCUCUGGGCACAGACUGCUGGGAGACAGACUUGAAACUGGCCUGGUAUGUUGGGGUUAAACCAUUUAUUUUUCUCCUCUUUUAUUCCUCUUGGGUUUCUUUAUUCCCUCUCUAAAAUUUAGACAUCUGUACAACCCUGGGAUGGGGAGGGAGGCAUGGUGGCCAGUGUUCAUGACCUUUGGGGGAACUUCCCUCUCAUGCUCUCUGUGGUCUAAGGACUACUACAGAGUUGGACUAUGGUAAGAAGGCCUCCUGUUUAAAUAGCUAAGGGGCAGUCCCUGCAGAGCUCAGAAUUGUCUUAAAUAUGAAAAUAUCAAGUUCUGACACCACUAGGUAAAUCAUUGCUUAAUUUUGAGUAUUCAUAAACUAAAAAUAGAACCAUUUCCUUGCAUUAAAACCCUGUGUUAUGGUCUCGUUAUCUGUAAUAAUUUCAUAACAAUGCAAGCUAUGGUAGUUGUGUUUUCUGUCAGGCAGUGGUAAAGCAACAUGAAAGUUUUUAGGAAAGGGGUGAGAAAGGUGAAUGUGGAAUGUCCCCACAUUUCCCACAAUUUUAUACAUAAAAGAGAAGCAAUUCUCUUCAUAUGUAAUUAGCAAAGAUAAGCUUAUUCUUAACUUAUUUCUGAGUCACUAAGUCAUUUGGUUCGCCCUGUACAUUGGCUGAUGAGCAGUUAUAAUUAAGCUUUGGGCAGUUCUUUCCACACGAACAUUAAAGUAAUUCAGGUAUUUGAAGGUGUGACAUGGAAUGACUUCCUCUCUCAGUGGUUCAGUAGCUGCUGUGUCCUGGCCCCCAUUAGCUGGCCCAGGAGUGUCUGCCGUAUAUACAUUCAAGCUAAGUGACUACCCCUCAGCUAAAAUCCAGGAGCACACAGACGCCAGAGUUAGCUUUCCAUUAAGGGAAUGCUUACAAGAAACUGGCCCAGGAUAAAGCAAAGGCUAAGGGACAGAAAGAAAGCUUGAAUUACAUUAUUGCAAUAUUCUGCAAAAUCAGAUUUCGGCGUCUGUCCUGCUUCUCUUUGGAGCUGAAAACGCCUUGAGUUUCUCCCUGAGAAGCAUGAGCAAUUGCGUAAGUACUGUAUUUUCUGACAAUUUCCAGCACGAGUCCAUCCAAGAUUACAGGCAAGGCUGCAUGAUAAGGUUAUUAUGUGUUUGGGUAUUUUAUACAUGAGUGUAACCUUGUCACCUUGCUUUGCAAAACCAAAAAUCCCCUGUGUAUGCCCAGGAGAGGAGAAUUCAGCAUUUGCCAGGCCCAGCAAAAUGCCCUCCCUUAUUCUCUUUCCCGGCCUCACUGCUUCUCCCACACGUGGAUUCAGUAAGUUGUAAGAGUCUGAAAUCAUGCUUGCUGAAUAAUGCUAGCCCACUCUGAAAAUUUGGGAGAGAGCUGGACCCUCGUCAUCACCACGCACUGUGUCACCGAGGCAGGGUAACCCAUGGUUACUGAGCGCAGAUCAGUGAAGGAGCAGGCAGCCUUCCCUCCUCACUGCUGUAUAAAAGAGACCCGGGCAGGGGACCCCGCCAGCUUCCAGCUCUCAGCCGGACGAGGUGUGGAGUGGAGCACACUAGCUGCUGGCGGAGGCAGGACCAGCAUGUCUCCUUCCUUCAAACUCCGCUGUCGCUUCAUCCUGAUCUUCCUGGUGGCUCUGAGAGGGGAGAGCCGAUACCUGGAGCUGCGGGAAGCCGGGGACCACGACCCUUUCCUGCUCCUCAGCGCCCACCUGAAGCGGGAGCUGGCGGGGGAGCCGCUGUACCGCCGCGCUCUGCGGUGCCUGGACAUGCUGAGCCUGCAGGGCCAGUUCACCUUCACCGCCGACCGGCCGCAGCUGCACUGCGCUGCCUUCUUCAUCAGCGAGCCCGAGGAGUUCAUCACCAUCUACUACGACCUGGUCUCCAUUGACUGCCAGGGCGGGGACUUCCUGAAGGUAUUUGACGGUUGGAUUCUCAAAGGGGAGAAGUUCCCCAGUUCCCAGGACCACCCUCUCCCCACAACUGAGCGGUACAUAGAUUUCUGUGAGAGUGGUCUUGGCCGAAGGAGCAUCAGAUCCUCCCAGAACGUGGCCAUGAUCUUCUUCCGGGUCCAUGAACCAGGAAAUGGGUUCACAUUAACCAUCAGGACAGUUCCCAACCUCUUUCCCUGCAACGUCAUUUCCCAGACCCCAAAUGGAAGGUUCACCCUGGUGGUUCCACAUCAGCAUCGAAACUGCAGCUUCUCCAUAAUUUAUCCUGUGAUGAUCAAAAUAUCUGAUCUCACCCUGGGACACUUAAAUGGCCUGCAGUUAAAGAAACCUGCAGCAGGCUGUGGGGGGAAAGGAGACUUUGUGGAGCUCCUGGGAGGAAGUGGAUUGGACCCUUCCAAGAUGAUGCCUGUAGCAGAUCUCUGCUAUCCCUUUCAAGGCCCUGAUCAUUAACCAGCUAGAUGAUGAAGCUGUAAAUCAGACAUCCUUUGAUCAGCUGUUGCCUGUUUUAAUUAAAACCAUUUCUGCACCCCAGUAUUUUUUCUCUCUGAGCUAAUACUGGGACCUUAAUAAACAAAACAUCUCUGUAAUAGAAUUAAUAUGCAUCGGUAACCACUAAGGCUCAACAUGUGGUGUCCACCGUCCCCAUUCUACUCCUGUAUAAAAGAGCUUCGGAUGAGACUUAAGGCAGGACUGGGGCCAGGGCAAGCUUGAUAAUCAAGGUAAAGGCAAGAGGUUUCUAAGAACUCACUUUGCUGAAAACACAGGGGUUAUUUAAUGCUAAUUUACACUUGAGCUCUGGUUUAAACUGUCAGUGCAAGUUGCUUCUCUUGCCCUUUGCAUGUGUUCCCUGAGGCAAUGCAUCCUUCCAUGCCAGUGGGAGAUGUGUGUGAGGAUUAGAUUAAAGAUGAUCAAACACCCAUACCUUAUAUAAUUUAGAUCAUUGAGGCCAGAGUAAUUUUGGUGCUUGAAUUAUAUGAUUUGAAUUAGGUAAAAUGGUAAGACUAAUGCCAAAAAAACACUUUUGUCUAAAUUAUCCAGAUGAUUGAAACUAGUCUUAAGAUAAUUUGAAGGCUUGAAUUCUGUGACUCAUUGUUUCAUUUUAACUUCACUUUUUUCUUUCAUUCACCAUGUUUCCAUGAGCCCCUCCUAAGCUGUUCAGACAAUGAAGAACUAUUAGGGACCCUGCUCUUUCAAUUGGACUUUCUUAGUAAUUAUGUCAAAUAAAUAAUAUGCACAUGAACUAAAGGAAAUGGGGAAUGUUAUGUAGAUUAAAGUUCAGAGCAAGAUCAGAAAAAGAAUGACCUUCCAAGUCAUUUAAGGAAAAUUAAAUUUGAGCCUCCUUGUAGAAGCAUAAUGCAGACUCCCUGGUUCUUAUAUUAAGAUAAUGUCUCCAAAUUGACUUUUACCUCAAUACGUAACUGUCUGGCAGUUUUAUUUCAUUUAAAAUCAGGCACCUGUUUGUCAAGUACCAGUUAUACAAUAAUGCUAGUGUUUCUCAGAGACAAAGUGGGUGGAGGGAGAUUAAGUAGAUUAAAACAACAGAAAGGAUUAUUAUAGGGCAGAUAAAUCCUGUCUCAGGAGCCAGCCUGAGGCUGGAAGAGUAAAAUAGAAGUAAUUUUUAAUAAAAAUGAUGAGUUUCAAUAUAUAACCACUCAGGUACAUCUGUACCAGAAGAUACAUAAACAUUGUCAGAUGCUUAUACUGAUAAUGGAUAAGAUUGGAUUUAAGAGAAGUAAGGAUAUCAAUAGUCAUUCCUUCUAUGAAGCACAGGAAAAAAAUGAGAGAGAAAUGGAAAAAUGAGAAAAAAGGUAGGUGGACAAUGGGACAAAUGAGAGAAAUGGAAAAAAUCAGAAAAAUGUAGGUGGACAAUGGGACAAAAUGAAUAUAUUGAGUGUGGUCUAUCUAAAUCAUGCAGAAUAUUUUUGUUUAUAUGUAAAACAACUAUUAUCUAGGCUCAGAAAAUAAUAAACAGGUGAUCUUUUUGGUCAACAUCAAUGUUUAGCAUUACAAUUUAGCCUCCAACCUGCCCAUUAAAUAUCACUUGCACCCCCAGAUGUUAUGACAACCAAAAACUACCCCUGCUAAUUUCUAGCCUGGCUCUGGAAGGCAGUACUGUCUCCGCUGAGAACACUGAACUAGAGUGAAGGUUAGUGUGGAGAGGCCCCUGCCUUUACCACCAGAGCCUUGCAGGUGGAAUGUGAAAAGCGCAAGGAAACAUCCUCUUGCCUCUCUGCAGCCAGAUUUGUUUGGCUAACGGUGUUCUUGCACAUGAAGAGAAACGCUGAGAUCAGUGUCACAAUUCUGAAGUUAAUUCUGUAUUCUAACAAACAUGAAAACAAAAACGUUUCCCCUCCUGGCAUGGUUUGAGCCCAUGAAAAGAAGAUACAAGCUCUCGCUUUCUUUGAGUUUUUAAAUGAUCUUAUUGACAGAAGUGGUUUUGCUGUGUGGUUUCUAACUUGCUGGGAAACUUGUACUUUUUCCAUGA